AUGGAGAAAUCUAAAAACUUUCGCAUCGACGCGCUUCUGGCUGUCGAUCCGCCAAAAGUGCAGACCUCGCCGCUGGCGCUGGUCACCUCCCUGCCCACCUCUUCCGUAUCAUCCUCCUCCGAAAGUGUCCAGGCGUCGGAGUUGAACUCGAACUCCGAAGCACUUCGAACCGAGACUCCGUCGCCCCCCAGGAUAUCGUCGUGCGGGUUGAUUCCCAAACCGGGUUUCUUAAACUCUCUACAUUCAGGCAUGUUAGGACUACACCCUCAGAGCAGCACCGGGAUUCCUCCUCAGGCUCUCUACGGUCAUCCAAUGUGCACAUAUUCAGCAGCAGCGCUGGGUCAGCACCCGGCACUGUCGUACUCAUAUCCGCACGGGUCGCACCAUCAUCAUCAUCCCAGUGACCCCCUCAAACUCACCGCCAGCUCCUUGCAGCUCGAUCACUGGCUGAGGGUCUCAACUGCGGGGAUGAUGCUGCCUAAAAUGGCAGAUUUCAAUGGCCAGGCGCAGUCAAACUUACUCGGGAAGUGCAGAAGACCAAGAACCGCGUUCACAAGCCAGCAGCUCCUUGAACUUGAGCACCAGUUUAAGCUGAAUAAAUAUCUAUCGAGACCAAAACGCUUUGAAGUGGCCACAUCAUUAAUGUUAACUGAGACACAGGUAAAAAUCUGGUUUCAGAACAGGCGUAUGAAAUGGAAGCGCAGUAAAAAGGCUAAAGAACAAGCCGCUCAGGAGGCCGAGAAGCAAAAAGGUAAAGGAAGCCAGGACAAAAUGGACGGACUGGAGAAGGACUACCAGAAGGUAGAUUCAGUGAAAAGCAACAGAAAACGGGACUUUAGGGACAGUGACGACGAAGGAGAUAAUUACAUGCUGAAUUCAUCUGAUUGUUCCUCCGAUGAUGAACGAACCAAUGCCAGUGAUAUCAGUCCACAACCAUGA